GGGGCCUCCGUGGAGGGGCGGGGCAGCCUCAGGCGGGGAUGGAGGGGCCGGGGGGGCGGCAGCGGGAAGACGAUCCGCUGGAGCCGCUCCUAGGCCCAGAGAUAACGGUGCCUGCAGGUGACUGCACAUGUCAUGAGGAAGAAGAACUUGUGAAGGGAGGGACAGUUGUGAAUUGGAGGCCUAGAAAAGGCUGUUUGGCAAGGAACGUUUCUGAUGGCGAGUCUCACCAGAGUAGAUUUUCUGGUUGCCCAUGCUAUGAAAGUGACACUGCUCAUUCAGAUUCCUCAGGGCCUCCCAUUAAAUGGCUUGGUGACUUAGAUGACUUCCAGAGUGACCUUGAGGACUGGGAGUUGGAUGCAUCUUUCCCUGAGCUGAAAAUUGAUUCUCAGUACGAGGAAGAGGACUGGGAUAAAGAAUUGGAGGAUGCUGAAUGUAAUCCAUAUGUGGCUUGGUCCCCCUCAGGCCGUGGAAGCCAGGCAGGACCUGUUUCUGGUGUGAGGAUUUCCAAGAAGCCGUGGAUCCCACUAACGCAACAGAGUCAGAAAGCAGAUGGGAGAGAAGGAACAGAAGAGACCAGAUGGCAGAUGUCUAUCUUUCCAGCCUCUUUCCAACUCAGAGGUCCCCAUCCAAAUCGGCGAGAGCUUUCUGGACGUCAAACAUGGCUGAUGCCCUGAUACAGAAGAAAUGCAAAGAUGUGGCUGUUCAGAUGCUCUGAAGAGCUGCAGUACUAUCCAUCCCAGCAGAGCAUGGAAGGCCCACAUAUUGCUCGACAAAGCCAGGCAGAAAUUCAAAGAAUACUUUGAUCCACACAAAUAUGAUGCUUAGAGAAGAAAUAUUUCCGAAAAAGCCAGUUGUCAGGUGAGACCAUUGACCAUUAUGUUACAGAGCUACAUGAUAAAGCCAAGUCCUGUGAAUCUGAAUACUUAGCCAAUGGACUAAUUAUUAGUGGUAUGACUGGGUAGCCAGGUUAAAGAAAGGUUAUCAUGAGCAAUAGGACUUGGCUUUUCAAAGAAAGUGGCUGGUGAAACCAUACUUCCCAGAUGAAAAUGUUAGCAAGCAGUGGAAGAACUGAAGUGUACCUCGUUAAAAUGGAUACACAGGUAUCAAAGUACAUUACUCAGGUGAAGUAAUCUAUCAAGGCUUGACCUUGAAGUCCUAAAUUUAGUGUCUAUAGCCAUUCUAUUCUUAGCUUUGGCCUAGACUGCCAACAAAGGUGCCAGCUGUGGUCAUUACUCGUCCUCCUUUACUAUACGUUACUUAUCUCCUUCCCUAUCCCAUACACGAUAUUGUCAAUGGCUCUGAAGAGUAGACAGCAUGCAUGCCAAAAAAACCAGAGGUAGAAAGGCGAGAGAGCCACGAAUUUAUUCCAGCUCUAAAACCCACCCACUGUUCUAUAUUGUAGGAUAAGAACAUGCUCCUGCUUUUCAGCUUUAGAUCUUUAUGGCAGUUUGCCUCUUGUCCUGUGUACGCAUACAGCACUACAGAAGCCAUAAAAAUAACUUGAUUUAAGAAAUCUCCACUGCUGAGAUAUGUGCCACAUUAGUGGUUCUCGUGGAAAUGUUUUGUAGGUUUUGAUUUAUGCUGUAAACCAGCUUGAGCUACUUUUAAGAUACAUUAGUUUGGACAAAAUGAUGUCAAAAUAACUCAAAGCUCUGAACUCCUCCACCUCCAACGUGUCACUCUCUAACCUGGAGACUGGAGCAGAGGAUAGCAUGCACAAACACACACCAGGAAGGGGAGCUAAGAUUUUGACAUUAAAGAAAAGAGGAUGGGCAAUUCAGAGUUCACUGUGCCACUUGAUCCUGAAUUCAUCUACUCUCCCUGGUAGGAUCUGUUAUAAAGAGCUGCACAGAGGAGGUCAUUCGCAGUGCACAUCACCACCAAAUUUUAUUGCUUCUACAAAAUCCAGGAGCUCUGCUAUGCGUUCUUGAGCACCACUUCUGGCUCCUUAUCUAUUAACUCGCUAUUUACAUGUCUGUGGACUUGUGAUGGUGCCUGCAGAUGAUAUUGCACAGGUUGGUGAAAUAAUUAUGAUGCUUUAUGCUUCUAUAGCAUUAUUCCUUGGCAGAUUUCAGAGAGCUCUGCAAACAUUAAUGAAUUAAUCCUCCCUACAUCCAUGUGAGAUGGGGAUAAUAUAAUACUGACAUAAGUGGGGAAAUGGAGAUACAAAGAGUUUUUAGGUCUUUUUGAAAGCUUGGGCCAGAUUGUAAGAAAUACUCAGAAGUUAGUUGUGGGCAUUCAGCAACUCUGAAAAGAAAUCUCAUGUCAUACUCAAAGUCCAUCCCUACCUUGGGCCAAGCAACCACGCGGCAAAUCAGUGGAAGGAGCCAAGAAUAGAAUCCAGGUAUUGGGGUCCUGAGGACUUUGCCCUAACCACAAGCUCAUCCAUCCAAAGCUUGUAAUGCUGGUUCCAUAAAACUGAAGUACAACUUAAUGAGCAAAGGAUAGAAUGGAAUUCUGAACAACGAAACCCCUUGCUUUGUUUGGUUUGUGUUGCAUGCUCCAUGUUGUUUUAAUAUAGACUCUAAUAUGCAAUGCAUUUUUAUUGCUUACUCUAAUAACUGAAUGAGUGCUAAGAGCCAAGCCAAACAAGUCUUGCCAAAAAGCCAAACACUUCACUUCAACUAGCAGAACGGAUGCCUCAAGUCUUACUUAGACAUGUAAAUCGAGUACCUUACCAGCCCAUUAGAGAAAGCAAAACAAACUGCACCUCUGAUGUCUGGAAAGCAGCCAAUGGGUGACAGUUUCACUGGACUAGCAGCUGAAACUGCCAUGGAUUGGGUUGGUCUUUCCUUCUACCAUUGCUCUCAAUAGGAAAGAGAGAGAAAACGAGAAAGACGAGGCAUGGCUAUGCAAAAAGUGCCAGCUCUUCCCAAGUUGCAUAAAAUGGAGCUCUGGGCUGAUUUUCAGAGACUGUACGCCCCUGCAGAUGCCUGGAACAUCUGUAAGAGCAGGAGUCGCUCAGGACCUUUGAAAACCAGGCCACUACUUACGGACUUGUUAUUUUCAAUACAAUUUGAAAAUCCUCCCUCACCUGGUGCAAAAUGAGUGUAACUCCAUUGACUUAAGUGCAUUUAUACCCAUUAACACCAGGUAGGGAUCUGACCCAAUUAACAUCAGUGGAGUCAUACCCUUUUACACCUACUGACUUCAACGGAGCUAUGCCCAUUUACACCUGUUGGGGAUCUGGCCCUGGCAUGUGUCCAUUUUUUGUUGGCUCCCUUUCCUUAUAUUUUCCCACAAUAUUCUGCCUAAUUUCCCUUCCCUCUCCUUGUAUUCCCCUCCCCCCAACAUUCUCCACCUUCUAUGCCUCUCCUCGUAGAUGUUCUUUGUUGUUCUCCGUGCUCUCCCUUGUUCCUUAUUUCUCCUACUCAUGCUCAUUUUCUCCCUUACAGGUUAGCCCUUUUCCUUCACAUUUCUCUCUGCAUAGAUUUAUUUUCAUUUCUUUACCCUUUGUUUUGUCUUGUAGGUGUCUCCUUGUAAAAGCAUUUCUUAGUGUCUCUCUCUCUCCCUCAUCCUCCCAAAGAGAUUAAAUUUUAGGGCCCCAAUCUCACCUUCAUUCCCCGUUUCUCUCCACCUAUCCCAGGGCUAUCCGAACUCUUUUCCUUUCCUAUAGGCCUCUCUUGCCUUUCCCAUGGUCCAUCCCCAGUCCUCUUCCCUGGACCUCCCAUAUGUAACCCAUUUCCUCCACAGCAGUAACUGAGAAAGAGAGAAAAUGAAGUGGGGGGAGGAACAUUACAUUACAUCCAAGAGUGAUGGUUCCUGAGAGAUGCCAAGUAUUGUCCUGCUAGCAUUAGUCUGGACUGUUUUCAUCUGGAUAGACAAGUUGAACCAACCAUCUCAAGCACUGACAAGAAAUUCACUAGUCUUCAUCCCAUGUAAUCGAUCAUUGCUCCCGAGUGAUGGAGGCAUUUUAUUCUGCACAAGCCUGCAAAUUAUAAGUGUUUCAGCAAAGACGUCACAGGAUGUAAACAUGCUCUCCGUUCUUUUCUUUGGGAUAUGCACCCCGUUUUUUACUUGUUAAGCUGUAAGCAUCUGUAGCUGCCAGCUAGCCGUGCUAUGGCCCAUAUAAUUAAGUAAUUAUAGAGAUGCAGUCUCAGCUGGGACAGAAAGUAAUCAGUCCUACGAGUUACAGAAGAGGCAGACUGCUACAUUGGUUCUGCCACCUUUUCCUUCGCAUAAGUUGAGCACACUGUAGGAACAAAGGACCACUGAGAGCUGGCCAUGCUACAGUACAGCUCUGUGUUUGCAGUGUUGGUGUAGCCAUGUUGGUCCCUGGAUAUUAGAGAGAAAAGGUGGGUGAGGUGCUAUCUUUUAUUGGCCCAACUUCUGUUGGUGAGAGAGACGAGCUUUCAAGCUACCCGCAGAAGAGCUCUGUGUGGCUCAAAAGCUUGUUUCUCUCACCAACAGAAUUUGGGCCAAUAAAAGAUACUACCUCACCCAUCUUGUCUCUCUAUUCUGCUAUGGUGUAUUAAAUGUAUACCUCAAAGGUACUAAGGAGUUUUCCCUCAGGAGAUAAUUGGGCUACAUUUUAGGUAGUAGCUUCCGAACUAUAACACCUCUGCCUUAUGCAUCCAUGCAGCAGCCUGUCUGUGCGUUUGUAUAGGUUUGGGGAAUGAUCAGAUAUAGGAGGAGGGAUGAUCAGUCACUGAAGGAGGAACUUAUGAUCCAUUCUUAGAACACUGCAGAGUCGCUUCUAAUUUGCCGCGCAGAACAUAACGCCUCAGACAGCCCAGAACUGCUGCAUCAUUCAUUCACCAGCUGUGAUUGACUCUCACACACUCCCACUGCCCCAGUUAAUCCAUGACUCAUGCUUUGCCUUUCAUUAACAAUAAAGAAGACACAUCUUUUUUAAAAAAAAAGAAUACAGCUGCCCAGUGUCUUGGGGUGUAACAUACCCCCUAGGACUCAGCGUUUAGAAAUGACCUUCAGCCUCCUAUGCCCACAGCAUGUGGGUCAGGACCAGAGCUAUUAUGGAAGAAGGUUGGGACCAAGUACCGUAGCUUGGGUUACAACUAGCUAAUCUAAGUGAUCAGAGCCAAGAAGAAAGCACUGUAUAAGUGGUACAUUUAUGAAUAUAUGCAUAGUUUGUGUUUAAUCAUAGAGCGCUCUCAAUCAUGCUCAAUUGCGCUAAAUAUGCUCAAGCUGUGUAUAUUGUUUUAACAGUAUGAGCCCUCAAUAAAUCACCUGUCACAGCCUCGCGUACAUUUUAAAGCAUUUAUUGCUAACGGAUUUUCACAAUGUGGUUUAAAGGACAUUGUUAUUAACGAACAUAACUGCAUACAGUUGUAAAUUUGAUAAGAAUGAAAGUUGCAUUUAUAAAUUACACUUUACUUUCAACUGUUGCUAGGAUUUUUAACUGAUUCAAAAUAAACUGGAUUUAACCUUGAUUUUUCUUUUUGCUAAAGCUAGGCUCUUACAAUCUGACGCUAAAAGGAAUUUAUAAGCACCGUAGUCCUAAUUCUGUGUUCCACAGUGCUGGUGAAAAUCCAAUCAACUCUAAUUAUG